UGUACGUCCAUACUCUACAUUUGAUGUUAAACCACGGAGUGCAGUGCAGUGUUUAUUUACGCGUUUUAUGUAAUUGUGCAUUACCUACAUUGUAAUUCAGUACAAACAAUAUUGUUCUUCUGGUUUAACAAUAUUAGUAGCGAUUUGUAAAAGAAAUGAGUGAAAGGAAAAGAGAUUAUCCCAGCGGUGCUGAGAAAAGAAAAAAUAAACGGAAAAGGGAAGAGGUUAUAAAAAAAGUGCCCAAAAUUUCUUCAUUUUUUCAGAGACAAGAUACUGUGAGUGAUUUAGAUUGGAAAGAUUCUUCUGAAGCACGUUCUGCGUCAAAUAUCCAUUCGGAAAUAGAAGAAAGUCAAGCACAUACUUCAUCGGAUGUCCAUCCAGAAAUUGAAGAACACCAAGUCAACGAUUCUGAUAUAUUUGAGGAUUGUAAUAUAAUUUCAUCAGAUAGAGGAAAUUUCGGUGACAAUUUAUCUGAAUGCGAACGAAAAAUAAUUUUUAAAUUGGGUCCAUUUAAACCACAAGGACCAUUUCCAAAAGAUCCAGAAAGUAACCGACCUUUUUCGGCCUAUUAUUAUUCAUAUUUCAAUCAGGCAGGCAUAAAACUUGUAAGACCAUGGUUAUGUUAUUCUAACGUUUUAAACAAACCGUACUGUCACUUCUGUUGGUUAUUAGCAGAUCGUCAAAACAAAUCGUACUCCUCUGCUUGGGUUAACGGUGUUUCGGUUAGAAGCAAUUUUACGCAAACUAUACUUGACCAUGAAAGUCACAGCAGCAUAUGA